UAUUUUACAUGGCUGCUCCCAUUAGCGUCCAUGUGUGCGUGAUUUCCUAGUAAAUACUAAAUAUUGUGUACUGUAGACUGUAGUAGAAACAUUACAGCUUGGGUCACUAGCUGCUGCAUUACCAUAAAGAGUAUAUUAUUUCAAUAACUCUUGCGAAAUGGGCAAAGCUAGGACGGCGCAACCAAGAAGGGCUGGUAAUGCUACCUUCAACAAGGCACAAAAUAGCACGAAUCCAGACCGGGUAAAAACGCAUGCUGGAAUGAGGGACAAGUCGACUAUCAAACGCCUGCUAAUGUACAAAAAUUUCAAACCAGUCAGAAACAAAAUCGGAAAAGUAGUAAAAGCAGCUCCAUUUCAGUCUUGGGUAACCUCGGGUGCUGUAUCGCGAGUGGAGCCUAACAGGAGAUGGUUUGGCAACACAAGAGUUGUAACACAGAAAGCAUUACAGACCUUCCAGGAUGAAAUGGGAAAAGUAGUAAAAGACCCAUACAGGGUUGUAAUGAAGCAGACAAAAUUGCCUAUCACUCUACUAAAUGAAACGGCCAAGAAUGCUAGAGUCCAUAUUUUGGACACUGAGAGUUUUGAGACCACCUUUGGAAAGAAGGCCCAACGUAAGAGGCCCAACCUGAAGACAACUGACAUGGAGACAAUGGCAGACAGUGCGAUGAAGUCCGGCGAUACAUACAAUGCUGAAAAGGACAACUCGCUAGUAAAGCCGACGGACGGCAUUACUGCAGCUCCCAAGGAAAUGAUCUUCUUCAAGGGCCAGUCAAAACGAAUCUGGAACGAGUUGUAUAAGGUUAUUGAUUCUUCGGAUGUGGUAAUUCAAGUCCUGGAUGCUAGAGAUCCAAUUGGAACACGGUCCCCUUACGUUGAGAACUACAUGCGAAAAGAGAAAUCAUACAAGCACCUAAUCUUCGUUAUAAAUAAGGUUGACUUGGUGCCAACAUGGGUGACACAAAGAUGGGUUGCUCUGUUGUCUCAUGAGUAUCCCACAUUGGCGUUCCAUGCAAGCAUGCAAAAUCCAUUUGGCAAAGGAUCUCUGAUUAGUUUGCUAAGACAGUUUGCCAAGCUCCACUCUGACAAGAGACAGAUAAGCGUUGGGCUAAUAGGCUAUCCGAACACUGGAAAAAGUUCCAUCAUCAAUACACUGCGAAACAGGAAAGUCUGUAAUGUUGCUCCAAUUGCUGGGGAAACCAAGGUGUGGCAAUAUGUGACGUUGAUGCGAAGAAUCUACCUGAUUGACUGUCCUGGCGUAGUUUACCCAACUGGUGAAACAGACACAGAAAUUGUACUGAAGGGUGUUGUGCGUGUGGAGAAGGUGGAAGCCCCGGAAGACUACAUCGCCACCGUGCUGGAGCGGGUGAAGCCGGAGUACCUGGCCAAGACCUACCGCGUCAGCGACUGGACUGACUCUGAGCAGUUCCUUGAGAUGUGCGCGCGAAGAAGUGGCAAGCUACUCAAGGGUGGUGAACCAGACCUGUCUACUGUAGCUAAGAUAGUGCUGAACGACUGGCAGAGAGGUAAACUGCCGUAUUUCGUCAAACCGCCUGGAUGCGAGGACAGAAGUGCCCCUUUCUGGGAGUCAACAAAGGAGAGCAAGUCGAUAGCGAAGGUCGGCGAAUCGUUGAGUGUGGAUGAGUCAUCAUUUCCAGAGGGCACUGGUGACGAGAAACCACAACUGCCACAGGUUAAGGUCGUACAAGACUUCAGUCAGAUCACGGUCGGGCCAGAAUUCUUCGGCGAUGACGUGCAACCAUUGGCAGUGUGUGACGGUCCUGCCGACAGCGACGUCAUCUCGGACAGUGAAGUGGAAGAGGAAGAAGAAGAGAAGGAAGUUGCACGCAAUGAGGAGAUGGGGAAGACUGGUGCUCGGGAGGAGGAUGAGUAUGCGGGUGAGUCGCGCGGAGGCAGCGGUGUCGUCAUCGGUGCACCCGCAGAAGAAGCGCUUUUGCCUCCAUCCGACGAUGACGGCAUGUCAGGAUUAUCAGACAUGAUUCAAGAUGGUGACUUCGUCUCAAAACCUGACGGUGAGGAGAACAUUGAGGAUCGAGAUAGCAAUAUGGAUCGAGACAGCGAUGGGUCAUUGAGACAGAGCGAGACACCUGUUGAAACAGCCCCCCACACGUCAAACGAGGCAUCUAAGUCUGACGUAGAUCUGACACGAAUUUCAACAGAUUUGAAAUUGGCAUCGCCGUCCGUGGUGAAGAAGAAGAUGAAGAGAAAUAAGAAAAAGGGUGGUAGAGGCACAGGGCCCGAUGGGAGGGUGGUGAAGAAGAGCAGGAGUGGGGCAUUCACUGUGACGGACGUCGCCGAUGAUUGGCCGACGAACAAGCAGAAGACGACAGGUUGCUUCACGAAAUACACGGUACGCGAGUCAGCCAAUGUCGCCCUGGUGGAUGUGGAGCCAUCAAGUGGCAGGAAAAACAAACGGGAAUUCACCGAGGAUAAGGGAAUGGACCCGGGCGUAAGACUCACAUCAAAAGAGCGGCGGAGGAUAGAGAGGAGUGCUCGUGACAAGAAGGUUGGAGUCCAUUAUUAUUCGGUCGCAGACAUUAAGGGAAGGAGAAAAAGGAAAUAGUGAGAGAGAGGUGGCGUGAAAACAAGAACGACAGAUAGAGAAAGAGAGGGGGAGGAGGGGAGAGAGAAGAGACAGUGGGAAGACGAUCAUGCUAUAAUCCCAUAUGGGAUGCUCCAAGAAAAGGAUAAACCUGCAGAACUGUGUCAUUGGUGUGUUAUUGGUUUAUAUGAAUAUUUAUCGAACACCAGUAGAAACAGUUCAUGUGCUGGUGGUGUGUCUAGCUGUUAAAAUAAAAUUGAAUGAUACUAGUAAUGCAA